GCGAAAGUUCACAAGUGCCAUGCACUUAUACCUAAUAAUCACUCCACUUUCACAUCGUAACAUCUGGCUUGUUCGCUAAUAGGCACGAUAAUCCGUUCGGCUCAAACGUCAAGACAGGAUAAUUCCUCAGCCAAAAAAACAAAAACUCACAGCCCAUUCCCGAUAUCAAACACAACAGCAAUCCACCCGUCAAGAUGGCAGAAGCGAACCCCGCCACACGGGAAAAGUUGGACGCCCAGAUCAAGGCGGCGGACAUGAACGAUGACCUAGCAAUGGAGAUCAUUGACGUCGCCCAAGAGGCGAUGUCCAGGCUCACUAUCGAAAAGGACAUUGCGGAGCAUGUCAAGAAGACCUUUGACGAGAGAAAGGGUCCCACAUGGCACUGCAUCGUCGGUCGGAACUUUGGCAGCUUUGUCACCCACGAGUCCAAACACUUUCUUUACUUCUACCUUGGCCACUGCGCUUUCCUCGUCUUUAAGACGCAGUAGUCUGGGCCUUAUCGAGUAGGCUACAGUUCGAUACCACGGCGGUUCAGCAUGAUUUGACAUGCUUAUGUUGUUCUAUAUACCUGGAACAAACAUACGACAUCAGUGUUUUCAUAUUUGGGGCAGAGACUGAAAGAAUUAAAGGAACAUUAAAGUACAACGUUCCAUGUCACCAUCGGAACGAUGUCAGCCUAUCACCCGCUAAUGUCAUUUGAGAAGCAAGAACUGGAAUGCGGGGCACAGAAUCAAUAAUUUCUCUAUAAUUCACGUGUCUGACUUUUUCGUCACUCUUGUGUUGGCGCGGAUCACAAACAUAAGAUCUGAGGACAAUCUAUACAUUCCUAGGGUCGACAGUUCCUUGGCACGACUCUCGCAAAUUCUCCGCCAUUGUCACCUCGACACUCCUGUGCAGUCCUCAGAUAUCGAUUUCGGGGAGUUUGUACUAGCAGACUUAUCCGAACGGGUGUGUACCGG